GUAAACAAAGUAGUUGUUUCCUAGCUUGUUCUUGAAUAAUACCCACAUUUAAUCGACCAGUUGAUAAAUGUGCCGAUGACAUGUUUAUAACACCGAUCCUGUCACUUGUCGGUGUUUAUAAUAAUUAAUUUUAUAGAGAAAUUACUGUUGACAUAUCGUCUUCUGUAGAUAAUCAUAUACGUUUUAAGCUUGUCAUUGAAUUUCGAUUUGACGUUUAGGUAUUUAUCUUAUAACCUAUAAAUAUUAAGAAUGUAUAUUUAAUAUUAAAUUUGUUUUCGAACAAAAUCCAUAAAUACAAACGUCCCAUAUAAUAUUAAUUGCACAGAUUUAAGAUACGUAUAAACAUCGCAUACAAUAUAUCUUUCUCUGUACUGUUCUGGAAUACUGACUCUGACAGCAAUGCCCCAGUGUAUAUACACUAACAGAUUUUACCCAAAUUGACCGAUUAGCUAUUGAACCACAUAAGUAGAUAAACAUUUAUCUACUUACGUUUAUAAUACUGUUAGACUAAAAAAUACAACAUUAUCAGAUUUGAAGAUUUAAGGGGAGUUAAAUUUGUUUUAAUUUGGCGCGAAACUGCGAUGCAUGGUCAUUUGCGAAAAUAUGUAUGUAAGUACAAUAUAUCCAGUGAAACAUGGAUAGAAGAAAACUAAAAAUCGGAAGAGGCUUGCAUAACAAUUUAGUAGGAAGUCAAAUAUCAUCAAAAAGUGGAACUUUUGAUACUAAAUCACUGAAUGAAGGAACGUCGUUUAGUAAUCGAACCUCAUUAUUAGGCGGUAAAACAUUUUCAACUCAAAGUCACAGUACAUCAUCACAUAAGGAAUCAUUCGUGAAUAAUAAGUUAUCAUUGAAAGAAGAAACAUUAAUAAGCAAAAAUAAAACAUUGAAUGAUGAUACAUUAUCGCGGAAACGCAAGUCUUCAGAUUUUAGCCAAUUAAGAAUUGAAAACGAUAGUGAUUUGGGAUUGCCUUUAGCUGAAUCUACGAUUAUAAAAAAAAGACGAAAUGAGAAAACUGCAAUUCAAGGUAGAACCAAAAAUAUUAAUUAUGAAACAUCAGAAAAUAAUGUCAAUACAACUUCUACCAGACAUUGUAAAUUUAUAGAGUUUUUAACAGUAUCUGGUAUUAAAAUAAACCCAGUUGCUCCGCAUAUACUUUGUAAUGAUAUCAUAAUAGUGCAACAAAAAAUGAAGGAAUCGUUAAAUUCAAAAAAGUAUAAAAAAGAAGAAUUAAUUAACUUCAUGGAAAAAUAUUUUGAAAACGAUCAGAACCUCGAAAAUGCCUUGUUCGAUAUGGAAUUGUUUAUCAAUGACAGAGUAUCAAAUGUAUUACAUAGUUCUUCUCUUAUAAAAAUUUUAUUGCAAGUAUCAGAGUUACAUCCAGAAAUAUAUAACAGUCUGUUGACUAAACUGAACGAGUCUGUGCUUAUGGCUGAUUCUAUUGAAACAAUACCAUGGGCCCUUUCAUUGUUACAACAGUUUCGUUUUUUAGAUGUUGUAAUUAAUUCUGAUAUUUUAACUAAUUGUUUAGAACAAUUUCUGGAAUCAUGUCCUGUGUGGUUUCAAAGAGAAUUGAUUUUAUAUUUACCUGAUAUGGUGACUGAUAAACAACAUCAAACUGUUGCAGAAAUUUUGAAUAAAGUAUUAGAAGAAAACUCAGAAUUAAUCAGUUUAAUUUUAAAUUGUAUGAGUAAUUUGAAUCUUGCAGAAAAAUACUUAGAUGAAUACAAAAACAAAAUACUGAACUUAUUAAAAACCAAUAUAAAAGUAAAUGCUAUACCAGCUGUUGUUAAAUUUGUUUUGCAGGACUGUACAGAUAUAGAUACUUUUAAAAAUACAUUAACAGUGUUACGCGAUACUAACAUACAACCUCUUGCUGGAGAAAAUGUUGAAGAAUGUUACCAAAAUCAAUUAAAUAUAAUCAAUGCUUUGAAAAUGUACAUGUUUCUUUCAAAGAAUACAGUAACAAUGACACUUGAAUUUGUAAAAAAUAUUACCAAAGAUCCGAAACCAUUAGAUAUUAUUAUUUUGCUUCUUAUCUUUUCAACUACAGAAACAAAAAGAAAGAACGUUGAAACUAUAUUUAAACAACAUAUACGAUCUGGUUUUUACAGAGCUAGUUUGCUGAAUUUAUUGUAUAAUGAUUACAAACAGGUUGUACAAGAGUUACAGAUAGUAGUAUUACAAUUAUCAAGUAAUUUAUUAAAAACGAGCGAACGUGUAUUUAUUGACUUUGCAAUUGAUUGGUUUCGCUUACAGUUUAUAUGUCAUAAGAAUAAUAUAUUUAAACAGCGUGAAGUUUUAGAAAGGAUUGUAUUUCUUAUGGGUGAUAAUGACCAAACAAUCAAAAAUGCUUUGGCAGUUCUGUGUACAAUGGUAACAAAAGAGGAAGAAAGACAAUGCUUAGCACCUCAUUGUAAUCAUCUUCGCAUUUUACUUGAAAAAUUGGAUAAUUUAGAUUUAGAAGAAGUUGGAACAUUGAAUGAUUUAUUACAAAAUUUAUGUAUAAGCUCCACUUCCGUAUCAGAUUCUUUACGGAAUGAUUUAUUCAUACUUUUACAAAAACAAUUAUCUAAUUUUAAGCCACAAAUAAAAUCUAAAGGUGUCCUAGCAGCAGUUAUGGCAAUAAAGCAUUUAAUGAAAACAUCUGAAACUUCUGAUGCUGCUUAUAAUUUAUUUAAAACAGUACUAAAUAAUGUAAGAAACUGUCAGAGAUCGAAAGCAUUAUUUUAUGACCAAUUAAUACGUAUUAUUACCCAAGUUGAAGGAAUUGAUGCAGAUUUCAUAAAAAAAGUGACAAAUUAUGUUGAAGAAGAAUUUAUUAAUGAGAAUAUGAUUGAUAAAGACAGUUACAAAGGAGAAUUAGUUCCUAAAUAUGGAUUGAAUAAAACACAAGACGAACCACAAAAUUGUGUUUUAACGUUUGAAAACAAAAAAUAUGGCGCGAUUGUAGCAAUUUCAUUUAAAUUGCUCAAAACAUGUUGUAUAAAACUUAGUAAAACUGGAGAUUUAGAUGCUAUAGAUUCUCUCUUAGGCUGUGCAAUAUUAAUGCCAGAAAGUUUUGAUGUAGCAGAGAAUACGGUAAUAGAUUUAAUAAUAUGUUGUAUUAACUGGUUUCGAGAAGUGAUUAGUGGUUUUGUCACACAAAAAAAUGAUUUAUUACAAAAGCAAGUAUUACAACGACUUGACAAUUUAAUAUAUUUACAAAGUGAAUUGAGCGUAAUGUUUUCUUUGUGUGAUACAAAAUAUCAGCCACCUCCAUGUUAUUUCCAUCAUUUUCCUUUAGCGUCUUUUGUAAGAAUUGAGAAAAAAGUUGGUAAAAAAGGCAAAAAAGGAAAGAAAGGCGCUGUGGAAAAAUCUGUUACUUUCAGUGAAACUGAAAGCUGGGAAUUAGGAUCCUUAAUAUGUUCAAAAAAUCCAAUAUAUUUCAGAAAAUUGGAUACCAAAAUAGUCCAUCUUUUGGAUAUAAAAAUGGAAUUAAAUACAACACAAUCUAUGAAGCAGAAUAUAUCUGUAAAACAAGUAUGUUUUAUUCUUAAAGAACUUCUAGGCAUGUUCGAAUAUGAAAAUACUGAAAUUUUUAUCAAAGACUUGAUUGAAGUGUUACCUAAAAUUUGUUCGAAACUGCAAGAUAUUGUGGAUACUUUGAGAGAAGAAAGUAACAAUCAAAAUAAAGAAGCUGUUAGAUUAAUAUUAUGUCUUUUGACAAAAAUUUUUAAUUGGAAAGGAUUUGAAAGUGUAACUUAUAAUAUGUUAUUACGAGAGGGGUUACGGACUGUAGCAAGUCAAGUAGAUGAGAACAAUGCCAUGUUAAGGUCCUGUAAAGAACUUGUUACAGAAUCAUGCAAAUACUUUGAAUCCUUAGCUGAUGUUGCCACACAAAUAUCAUUAGCUAUUGCAUUAAUUAAUAUGUGUCAAUCAUUAAUGAAACAUUCUGAGUCUUAUACAAAACAAAAUAAAGAAAAAUAUGCAAAUAUGGCAUUUGGAUUUUUAUGCCUUCAAUGGUCAGAGGAUAAACAUUUUAGUCCUCAAUACAAAACAGCAGUAAUUGGAUUACUAAACAGUUGGAUUGAUAAUGAACCACUACCACUAAACACAGUUACUUCCGUUUUGGAAUGGUUACCAGAUGAAACAUCUAAAUUAGAAAAAUCUUCGGACUGCUUAAACAGAAUGCCCUCCAUAAAAAGAAGUAACUUUCAUUUGUUAUUUAAGAAAAUAUUUGAUGGUCUAAUUAAUGGUAUAAAAAUAGCAUUAUCAUCGGCUGAAAGAGAUUCCAUAAGAGUAGAAUUAUGGGGUACAGUUGCAUCUAAUGUUCAAAAAUUAGUUCAAAUAUGUAAAACUUUAACUACAAAAAAUAAUAUAUUAAUCUUUUUGAAACAUAUGCCUGUGUUAUUAAAAUCUUUCUUAAAUCUUGGAAUGCCUGUUCUGGAACACAAUUUGAAAUAUCACACAGAUGAUGUGACCAAAAUAUUGAAAAUGAUGCAAGGGGGUACCAGAUAUUUGCAUACAAUAUGCUGUGAUAGUGUCGAAAAAAGAGAUCUUACAUUAACGAAAUAUGUUCCUGUAGCUAAGUCUGUAUUAGAAAGAUUACUUUAUAGCGUAAAGGGAAUGUUAGUUCUCAAUAACAGUACCGAUGCUUUUUGGAUGGGUAAUCUUAUUAAUAAAAACUUAGAAGGUCAAGAAAUUCUAUCACAGAACUUAUCUUCAGAAGAAAAUACUUUACCAAGUUCAGAUACCAUUGAUGAAGCAAGUAAUAAUGUAUCAUCUGAUAUAUUAGAAAGUGAUUCAAAUAAUGACCUCGACGAUGAAGAUGAUAUAUUAUAAUCUUUUUAUAUAAAGUUAUAAAAGAGUUAAACUACCUUUGUAUCG